AUGACGAACUCCGGCUCUCCACCGCUACGGAGCAUACUUCCAGUCCCAAACCCCAAGCCAGAAAGAACAGCCGCAGAUUCCGAGUGUGCGCAGAGCAACCCUGCCCGCGGCGAAAUCCAUUGUCAAGAUCAGCGUGCUUUGGCCAAAGCGAAAGGGAAAUCAUUGGCCCAAAGAACAUCCUGUGAUCUUAGAGCUAAAAAGGACCCGGAGCCGGGGAAACGGGAUGACGUCAGCGCGCAGGGCGCGGCGCGGCUCUCUCCUGCCACCCAGAGGGCAGCGCCCGCAAUGGCACCCAGUGGCACCCCGGGGCCGCUGGAAGGGAAGUGGCGGAAAAGACCCGGGCUGGGGGCUGACCUGGUGGGCUCCGGGCCGUGGGACACGGUGGCCGUGUCCUGUUGGCCGCCUCCUGAGAUCAGUCCUUCGGUAAAAGGACUCGGGCAGCCGUGCGCUCUCGCUGGGGAGGAAAACAGCACGCGACACACCCGGCGGGGCCCUAAUACGAAGUCUGUGGCGAGCAGCAGUGGCGUGGAUAGGCCGGCAACAAAGGGCCAGGCCAUCUCUAUUCUGCUCCGGGCUUCAGGAGAGCUAGUCAGCCAAGCCAGGCAAUAUGCUAUUGCUGCUGAGAAAAAGAAUUAUCUUCAAGAGGAUUCCAUGGCUGCUCAUCAAAGGAACGCCAGCCAGUUUGAUUGGGCUCUAAUGAGACUCGAUAAUUCUGUCCGAAGAACUGGCCGAAUCCCAAAGACACUUCUUCAAAAAGUCUUUGAUAACACAUGCAACUCAGGUAGCCCAGGUGGUAAUCAAGCCUUGCUUCUGCUGCGCAGCUGUGGCUCUCUCUUGCCUGAACUAAAGGUCUCCGAGCGCACAGAACUUGUUCAUAGGAUAUGGGACAAACUUCAGAAACUAGGUACUGUGUAUGAUGUAAGUCACUACAAUGCUUUACUUAAAGUCUAUCUUCAGAAUGAAUAUAAAUUCUCACCAACUGACUUCUUGGCAAAAAUGGAGGAAGCAAAUAUUCAGCCAAACCGAGUGACUUAUCAGCGGUUGAUUGCUGCUUAUUGUAAUGUAGGCGAUAUUGAAGGUGCCAGCAAGAUUCUCGGGUUUAUGAAAAGCAAGGACCUCCCCGUCACAGAGGCCGUGUUCAGUGCCCUUGUCACAGGGCACGCAAGAGCCCGAGACAUGGAGAAUGCUGAAAAUAUUCUUACAGUGAUGAAAGAGGCUGGAAUUGAACCUGGCCCAGACACAUACCUCGCAUUGUUGAAUGCAUAUGCUGAGAAGGGCGACAUUGAUCAUGUUAAGCAGACUUUGGAGAAGGUGGCGAAGUCUGAUCUUUACCUCAUGGACCGGGAUUUACUGCAAAUUAUCUUUAGCUUCAGUAAAGCUGGGUAUCCACAGUUUUUGUCUCUAGUACUGAUGGCAGUGUGAAAAGAUGAUUUAAUGUAGUAAAAAAGAUGUCUUUUCUUCUCAGAUGCAAUGAACCUCAUUUUGCGUUUAAUCACGGAAAACCUGGAAGAUACAGCAUUGCAGAUUCUGUUAGCCUGUCCUGUGUCGAGAGAAGACGGUCUGGGUGAUUUUGGAAGUUUCUUUUUGCGACACUGUGUGGCAGUGAAUACGCCUGUGGAGAAGCUGAAAGACUACUGCAAGAAGUUAGAGGAGAGCCAGAUGCACUCGUCCCCUUUCCAGUUCACACUGCACUGCGCUUUAGUAGCCAAGAAAGCUGAUCUGGCAAAAGCGCUCAUGAAGUCGCUGAAAGGAGAAGGUUUUCCGAUCAGAACUCAUUAUUUCUGGCCAUUAAUAGUUGGACAUCAAAAGGAGAAAAGUGUUCAAGGUAUAAUUGAAGUCCUUAAAGGAAUGCAGGAAAUGGGAGUAAAUCCUGAUCAGGAGACAUACAUAAAUUAUGUAUUUCCAUCCUUUGAUAGUAUAAAGUCAGCACGUGCUAUUUUGCAGGAAAAUGGAUGUCUGCCAGACGACAAUACAUUUUCACAAGCUGAAUUGAGAAGUGAAGCAUUAAAUGGGAACCUAAACUUUGUCUUAUCAUUAAUGGAAUCAGAUUCAUUGCCCUUUUCAUUUAGCUCUUUCAGGGCCAGCCUAAUAUUAGGCUUUAAGAGGAAUAUGGAUGUAAAUCUCUGGAGCAAGAUAACAGAGCUGUUGUACAAGGAUGGACGUUACUGCCAGGAGCCGCUAGGAGCAAGGGAAGCUGUUGGCUAUUUCCUUUAUAACUUGAUUGACAGCAUGAGUGACUCAGAGGUACAGGCCAAGGAGGAGCAUUUGAGACAAUACUUCCAUCAGCUGAAGGAGAUGAAUCUAAAAAUCCCUGAAAAUAUCUACCGAGGCAUUCGCAAUCUAAUGGACAGCUAUCAUGUUCCUGAAUUGAUUAAGGAUGUUAACUUAUUGGUUGACAGAGAGAAGACAGACUCUUCAAAAACUUCGCGGUUUACGGCAUCAGAUUUAGAGGCCACACUUGAAAGACUGAAAGCUGAAAACCAGCCUGUCAGAGAUGUCCUAAAGCAACUCAUCUUAACACUGAGUUCAGAAGAGAAUAUGCAAAAAGCCCUGGAAGUCAAAGCCAAAUAUGAGUCGGACAUGGUUAUUGGAGGCUACGCAGCCUUAAUAGGUGUGUGCUGUCGACAUGAUAGUGUAGAGGACGCAUUGACCCUGAAACAAGAAUUUGACCGCUUAGAUCCAUCUGCUGUCCUUGACACCAGAAAGUACGUAAACCUUGUGAAGGUAUUGGGAAAACAUGGCAAGCUCCAAGAUGCUAUGAACAUUCUAAAGGAGAUGAAAGAGAAGGAUGUUCUUAUCAAGGAUGCAACAGUCCUGUCCUUUUUCCACGUCCUCAAUGGUGCUGCCUUAAGAGGUGAAGUUGAAACAGUUCAACAGUUGCACGAAGCCAUCGUGACUCUGGGGUUAGCGAGCCCGUCCACCAGCAUCAGUUCCCCAUUGGUCACCCUGUAUCUGGAAAAGGAUGACUUACCUGCCGCUCUCCAAGCCUCCAUUGACUGCUAUAAAAAGUAUAAAGUACUCCCAAGGAUUCAUGAUGUCUUAUGCGGACUGAUUGAGAAGGGGGAGACUGAUCUCAUUCAGAAAGCGAUGGACUUCGUGAGCCAGGAGCAAGGUGAGAUGACGAUGCUCUAUGAUCUGUUCUUCGCCUUCCUGCAGACCAGGAAUUACAAAGAGGCCAAGAAGAUCAUCGAGACUCCAGGCAUGAGAGCUCGUCCCACAAGACUUCAGUGGUUCUCAGAGAGGUGCAUUACAAGUAAUCAGGUUGAAACCCUGGAAAACUUGGUGGAACUGACACAGAAACUGUUUGAAUGUGAUAGAGACCAGCUAUACUACAAUCUGUUAAAACUAUACAAAAUGAAUGGAGACUGGCAAAAAGCUGAUGCUGUCUGGAAUAAAAUGCAAGAAGAAAAUAUCAUACCUCGUGAGAAGACAUUAAGAUUAUUAGCGGAAAUUCUUAGAAACAAUAAUCAGGAGGUUCCAUUUGAUGUGCCUGAGUUGUGGUAUGAGGAUGAAAAACAUCCCCUGACUUCUUCACCACCUGUACCUGUAGAAAUGAAGCUCCGCAAAGAUCUCUUGAUCGCCUGCCAAAGGAACCAAUCUAAAGAUGCAUUUAAUAUUUUCCUGAGAGCCCAAGAUCAAAAUAUUGUAUUUAACAGUGAAACUUACAGCAAUCUUAUAAAAUUACUAUUGUUGAAGGAUAGUUUCACACAAGCAAUGCAAGUGAAAACUAUCGCCGAGACCCACAUCAAGGGCUUCACACUGAACGAUGCUGCCAACAGCCUCCUCCUCAUAACGCAAGUUAGGCGGGAUUAUUUGAAAGAGGCUCUCGAAACACUGAAAGCGGCCUUGGACCUGGAGCAGUUGCCAUCCAGGAUGGCCGUGACUCGCCUCGUGCAGGCGUGCGCCUUGAAGGGUGAUGUCGAAAGCAUACACGCCAUUGAGAAGAUGGUCAGUGGACUGGAGAAUUCAAUUGGACUGUCAAAUAUGGUUUUCAUCAAUAACACUGCUUUGGCACAAAUAAAGAACGGUCACACAGACGUCGCCGUGGAAAGCCUCGAGAGCAUGCUGACUUCGGGCAGUCCCAGCGUGGAGCCCCAGUUCUUUGGCUUGGCCUACUUAUUCAGAAAAGUCAUAGAGGAGCGACUGGAGUCGGCCCUGGAAAAGUUAAGCAUCAUGGCAGAGAGAUUGGCCAAUCAGUUUGCCGUUUACAAACCUGUCACCGACCUGUUCCUUCAGCUGGUGGAUUCAGGCAAGGUGGAUGAUGCCAGAGCUCUUCUACAGAGAUGUGGUGCCAUCGCUGAGCAAACCCCCAUCCUAUCCAUCUUCUGUAUCCGGAGCGCUCAGAGGCCGGGAAAGACACCAACUAUGAAAUCUUUGUUAGAAUUGAUUCCUGAAUUAAUUGAAAAGGAAGAAAUCUAUGCGUCCAUCAUGAAGAUCUAUGCUCUGGACAAUGAUGUUGCCUCUGCUAAAGCGAUGUAUGGACAUUUGACUGCCAAGAACAUCAAGUUGAAUGACCUGUUUCUGAAGCGUUAUGCAGUGUUGCUGAGAACUGUGGGGGAGGAUGUACCUUUCCCAGAGCCCCCGGAAACCUUUGAGUUUUACGUGAAGCAGCUGAAGGAAUCAAAGGAAGCCUCUUUGUGAAGGUGCAGGCCUGAUGGCGUCUUGUGUAUAUUUGUGACUCUGUGUCUGGAUGUUAUUUUUAAAUGUAUUUGAAAGGAAAAAUAAAUAAGCAAAAAUCC